UUAAUCAAUCCUCAAUUCCUCUCCCCCUUUCCCCGACGACGGCGAGGCGAGGCGAGGCGAGGCCACCAAAUCCAGUCGACGCCUCUCUCCUUCCUCCGGUUCGCCGGCCUCAAGCCAUCACCGAACCAUCUCCCUUCCCAAAGAUCCAUCCAAGAUCUGUUUUUCCCCUGGAACAGCCAUCUCACCCAGAUCUUGUUCUCCCAUCUUGGUGCGCGCGGGCGAAGAGGAUGGAUUGGCAGGGGCAGAAGCGCGCGGAGAUGCUGAUGCAGCUGCUGCUGGUGGCGUCGGCCGCGGCGGCGUUCCUGGCCGGGUACGUGCUGGCGGACUUCCAGCUCAUGCUGCUCGUCUACUCCGGCGGGGUCGUGCUCACUGCGCUCGUCACCGUCCCCAACUGGCCCUUCUUCAACCGCAACCCGCUCAAGUGGCUCGACGCCGCCGAGGCCGAGCGCCACCCGCGCCCACAGGUCAGCGCCGGCGGAGCCUCCGGGGCGUCAGGGGGUAAGAAGAAGUCCGGGAAGAACAAGUAGUUAGUCUUUAAGAGAAACAUGUGUAGGAACAUGUGUUCUUGGUCGAUAUGACUCAGCUUGUUUCAGUACUAUUCGCCGAACUAUUGAUUAUGAGAUAUUGAGAUAUUAGACAAUUUUCGUGCUUAAGGUGCUUAGGUGUAGCUGAAAAUUAGCUUGCAAUCUUGCAUGCUGGUUAUCUGUUAUAUCUGCUUAGAUGAUCCAAAAUAAUGGUAACAUGCUUAGUGAUGGUUUUGCAAUAUCAGACUAACUUUACCGACA